AUAUUCUGGAAAUCCGUUGAUAUCCCUAAGGACGGUGUUUAGGAUUGUUUCGAGGUAGCGCUGUGUCGCCAUACAAAGUAUCCAUGCAGUACUGGCACGCACGAGGCCACCAGAUCUUUUGCUAUACGGGGGGUUAUGUGACGCAUCGAUGUCUGCAUGCUGACAUGAACAGUCGCCGCUGCAGCAUGACGAUUGAUAAGGAACUAUUGAUGAAUAUUCUCCGCCAUUCGCCUUUCGACCCUCUGUAACAAACUUGGAUUUAUCCCUGUUAUCUGAUUGCAAUUGUUGUGUGGAAACGAGCGAUCAUUAAGGACAAUUCCACCAUGGUUAGACUCGGGAAUAUCCCGAUUACACUGUGCCUUCUGUGUAUCCUUCAAUGGCAUGAAUUCAUUGUGAGCGGUGCAGCUGCUCAUGACGUUGCUCCCACCACUGCAGUCAAUGACAGUGAAAAUCAAGUUGAACUCACCUCGCCACCACCAUACAACUGCCUUGAGCAAUGGCUGAUAUUGGCUGGUGCUAGUCCUACGGAGGCACUGGCCUACGCUACCGCACCACUUGUCACCAAAUUGCAAUUGGACGAGUUGAAAAUAUCAACACUCGGAGAUAUUGUACUGGAGUUGCUUCUCAACUUCAACCUGAGGCUGGUGAAUAGUUUGAAGACCUGCGUGGCUCGCAAUACAACGUGCCCCACAGACUUAGCACCAGAUACAUUACCUUGUGGGGUAGGCGGCACGUGUCUUCACAACAGUAUACAAACGAUACCCACAUGCCACUGUGAACCGGGCCUUACUGGACGGCAGUGCCAAACAGAUAUCGACGAGUGCUCGGAUGCAUCACUCAACAAUUGUGCGGAUCCUGCUACUGCCAUAUGUUUGAACACGCAUGGAUCGUUUGGUUGCGAAUGUAACACUGGGUUUGAUGGAAACGGUCGCUUAUGUCAAGAUAUCAACGAGUGUACCUACACACCAUCACCCUGUCAUGAACACGCUAACUGUACUAACACUGUUGGAUCGUUUUCAUGUACGUGCACGGACGGUUACCAGGGAGAUGGACUCCAAUGUGAAGUGCGGUAUUGUUGCAUGGAAAACAUUCCGGCAAGAAACAGGAACCAGUAAUGUUUACCCAAUGAAUGUAAUUUACAACAAGACCAGAGCGGACACUGUGCUACGUAUCAUGUACACUGCAACGUUUGGAUCAUAUCAUUACUCAUCAUGGAGUACAUUCACUAUCUCUAUUCUCAUCAACAACACAGACUGUCAAGAUCCUGGUCCUAUUAGAAGUGGUGUGUCAGGUUUGGAGUCGGGAAAUGGUGUUGUUCGCACCAUACUUCCAGGAGCAAUCAGUGGUGUGUGUCAUAUCAAUACUGCAGGUCCAUUGCGCAUCACCACUAAACUAGCACGCAACAGUGGCAAAACAAUGUACGAAGGGUACUACCAAAACAGUGGGCAACGCAUCACGUCCAGUCUUCACGUUGAAGAAAUGUGUCCCAACAGAAUUGAGUAAAAACAUUUCAUCAUCCAAUGCAUGCAUGUACAUCUAAAAAUAAUUGCCAUUCAUGUCGUCCUGCAAGUACUUUUUCUUACACAAUAUUUGGAUACUGGUGUCUCACACAAUGUCAAAUUGUUGUUUUCAGAUUUUCCUUUUCUGCUCUCUUUCUUUUUGUUGAUUGUUGUUUCCAACGUUUGAUACUUCUGACACAACAUGUAUACAGUAGUCACGUGACCAUGUUUUGAUUCACCGACGACUUUUUGGAUUGGAU